UGAUUAUAGAGUGCCUAAUUUAUUUUUUACUAGCUGCUCAAAUUAUACAUACUGAAAAACAGAUAGAAAAAAAAAUGGAAGACUCUGUUUCUUCUCCUCCAAAAAACACUUCAAAUGAUGAGAAAAAAUUAUGGGAUUAUCUCAAUUCCGUAAUUUCAUCAUCAAAAUUAUAUAGAUUUUCAGCUUAUUUGCUUCUCUUCUUUAUUUUCAUAUAUAUGCUUCUUUUGACUCGAUGGUCUGAUAUUACAAGUUUAGUAACAAGCAGUAGCAGAUUCAACUUCUCAAUGUUCUACAAGAACAACAACCAUGACUACCCAAAAAGAGACGAGUAUCUCCUCAACUGUACUUCAAGCAACAUGACACUUACAUGUCCUGCAAACUAUUUUCCUCCUAAAUCCAAUCUCACAUUCACGUCGUCGUCGUCGUCGUCGAACGAAACGUGCCCUGAGUACUUUCGUUGGAUACAUGAAGACUUAAAGACAUGGAAGAAGAAAGGAAUCACAAGAGAAAUGGUGGAGAGUUUAAAAGAUGUGGCUCAUUUUAGAUUGGUUAUUGUUAAUGGAACAGCCUAUGUUAAGCAAUAUUCAAAGGCUUUUCAAACAAGGGAUGUGUAUACAUUAUGGGGAAUUUUGCAACUUCUCAAGUUAUACCCUGGGAAAUUACCUGACCUUGAUUUUGUGUUUCAAUGCCAUGAUCAAGCUUCUAUUAAGAAAGCUAAUUAUAAAGGAAAGAAGGCUGCUUUUGCACCUCCACAAUUUCACUAUUGUGGGGAUGAUUCCACUUUUGAUAUUGUUUUCCCUGAUUGGUCAUUUUGGGGCUGGCCGGAAAUUAAUAUAAAGCCAUGGGUGCCAUUGAAGAAGGACUUUAAAGAUGGUAACGCCAUGAAAAACUGGACUUCUAGAAAGCCAUAUGCUUUUUGGAAAGGGAACUUGCAUACUGGUGCAAGAUUAAAGCUUGAAAAAUGCAAUUCUGUAAAUGAUUGGAAUGCUCAAAUUGUUAACCAGGAUUGGAACAAGGAAGUAGCAGAGGGGUUUAGGAAUUCUGAUUUGUCAAAGCAAUGUGUUCAUAGAUACAAGAUUUAUAUGGAAGGAAAUGCAUGGUCAGUGAGUGAGAAAUACAUUCUAGCUUGUGAUUCCAUGACCCUUUUAAUAAACCCUAUUUACUAUGAAUUCUUUACAAGAAGCUUAGUUCCUAUGAAGCAUUAUUGGCCUAUAAACCCCCAAAACCUAUGCAAAUCCAUCAAAUUUGCUGUUGAUUGGGGCAACCACAACACGGACAAAGCACAAAAGAUUGGAAAAGAAGGGAGUAAGUUCAUAUUCGAGCAGAUAAAGAUGGAAUAUGUGUAUGAUUACAUGUUUCAUGUGUUAUAUGAAUAUGCAAAACUACUAAAUUAUAGGCCCACCGUGCCUGAAGGAGCAGUUGAGCUUUGUUCAGAGAAAUUUGCCUGCAGCCCACCGGGCUUGGAGACCACGUAUAAGAAGGAGACUAUGGUUCAUGGGCCUUCAGAACGAGGCCCAUGUAAACUACCCCCGCCUUAUGAUUCACGCACACUUGAAUCUCUUCGUCAUCAAAAUGCCAAGAUCAAGAAACAAGUUGAGAAAUGGGAAAAAGGGAGUAAGUGAGGAAGAAGAAUUUUGAUUGUUGAGGAUGGUAUUGUAGAUUGGUGGAGCCGAAUUUUACAAGAUUCCACGAGAGUAGAUCUUGUUGCUUAUAUGUCGAUUAAAUCUUAUAGUCAAAGUUUCUCUCUUUUCAAAUGAUACUUGAAGUAGUAACAUCGAUUAGGAAAGAAUUUAGUAAAAAAGUUGGAUAUCCUUUUAUUGAUAAUUGCUAGGUUAAAUUGUAAUUUACUAGAGGAAAAGAACUCCUCCUGUUAUUUUUGUUCUUUAAUGUAAUCAUCUUACGCCAAAAACUAUUAUGUGCAUAUUCAAAUUCUAGAUUAUGAAUACCACUUAUUAUAAUUUUACCAACUAAA